AUGCCAACCGAAAUGAGAGGACUCAAUCAAUAUAUCGCGGAUCUGCGUGCUUGCAGAGUUCGCGAACUAGAGGAGAAGCGGAUCAAUAAAGAGAUGGCCAACAUCCGACAAAAGUUCAAGGAUGGAAAUCUUGAUGGAUAUUCAAAAAAGAAAUACCUCGCAAAAAUUGUAUUUACUUAUAUAUUGGGUUAUCAAGUUGAUAUCGGUCAUAUGGAGGCUGUCAAUUUGAUUUCAAGUCCAAAGUAUUCAGAAAAACAAAUCGGAUAUCUUGCUUUGACCUUACUCAUGCACGAAAACUCAGAUUUGGUCCGAUUAGUUAUUAAUUCGAUCCGUAAAGACCUCGAUGAACAUAACGAAGCCAAUAACUGUCUCGCGCUUCAUGCGAUCGCUAACAUCGGUGGAAAGGAAAUGUCUGAAAGUCUAUUAAAUGACGUCUAUAGUCUCCUCAUAAGCCCUAUCUCAAAAGAAUUUGUUAAAAAGAAGGCUGCUCUUACUCUUUUGAGGCUCUAUCGCAAACAUCCCGAAAUUUUUCCAAUCUCAGACUGGGCUCUACGGAUUGUAUCACUCAUGGAUGAUGGAAAUAUGGGUGUCUGUUUAGCAGUCACAAGUUUGGUUCUCACAUUGGCACAAGACCACCUGGAAGAUUUCGCAGUGUGUUAUCAAAAAGCAGUGGAUCGUCUAAACAAGAUCGUUGUACAACAAGACACGCCCAGUGAAUAUAUAUACUACAAGGUACCUAUACCCUGGUUGCAGUGCAAACUCUUGCGACUGUUGCAGUACUAUGCACCUACAGAAAUUCCGACCGUUUUGUCAACUUUAGAGCUGGUCUUACAAACAAUCUUACGAAACACGCAAGAAACACCUAAAAAUGUACAGCAUAAUAAUGCACAGAAUGCAGUCUUGUUCGAAGCGAUCAAUCUGGCGAUUCAUCUCGAUCCCAACUCAGAUCUUGUCCAACAAGCUUCUGCUUUACUGGCUAAAUUCAUUUUAUCCAAGGAGACCAACGUCCGAUAUCUGGGUCUUGAUACGAUGUCUCAUCUCGCAGCUCGAUCUGACAAUCUCGAAACACUCAAACAACAUCAAGAUACAAUUAUCCUAAGUCUUCGUGAUAAGGACAUUAGCGUACGACGGCGUGGACUUGACUUACUGUAUUCAAUGUGUGAUACUUCAAAUGCAAAAGUGAUUGUUGGAGAAUUAUUACGUUACUUGGCAAUCUCAGAUUAUGCUUUAAGAGAAGAAUUAGUGUUGAAGAUUGCAAUUUUAACUGAAAAGUUCGCAAAAGAAUAUGAAUGGUAUCUUGAUACAAUCUUAAAGUUGAUGAGUACUGCUGGUGAUCAUAUUGGAGAUGAGAUUUGGUAUCGGGUGAUUCAAAUUGUGACCAAUACAAUUGAACUACAAGAAUAUGCGGUCAAGAAAGUCUUUGAGUAUCUUCAUAUGCCUACAUGUCACGAGCAAUUAAUCAAGGUGGCAGCGUAUAUCAUGGGAGAGUUUGGCCACUUGGUCGCAAAUGAAGAAGGCCUUUCACCAAUCGAACAGUUUCAGAUCUUACAUUUGAAAGCAAACUUGUGUUCACCUUCGACUCGUUCUAUGCUCUUGACCACAUACUUGAAAUGGGUUAACUUAUUCCCCGAAAUUCGAACUCAAUUAAUCGACGUCUUUGAAAGAUACACACAUGUUUUGGAUGCCGAACUCCAGCAGCGAGCAUGUGAAUAUCUGGCCAUCGCAAAAUCACCGGACGAUGAUUUGCUUCAGACUGUUUGCGAUGAAAUGCCACCAUUCCCAGAACGAGAAAGUGCUCUUUUGAGUAGGUUGACUAAGGCCCAAGGACAGACGGGCGAUAAGCGGACGUGGGUGAUCGGUGGGAAGGAAGCCAAUCAAGAGAAGGUGGAAGGUCGUUCCAAUGGCAUGCGACGUCAGCAACCCAGUACACAACCCAAACCGAUAGGUGGUAAUGGUACCGCGGAUGGCGACCAAUCUACAUCCGGUAUCUCUGAGUCAAGGGCGACUAAUGAUCUCAUGGGAGAUUUGUCAGGGCUGGACCUCACUACUCCUGGACCGUCUGCUCCAUCUGGUAGUACAUCUCUUUCUGCACCUAGCACAUCUGCCUUCACGCACGGUAGUCAGAUUGAAUUGACACGACUGAGUUAUAAGUCUGAAGGCGUAUUGUAUGAAGAUGCACAAUUACAGAUCGGUCUCAAGUCUGAAUAUCAUGGUAAUCGAGGAAAACUAAUGUUAUAUUUUGGAAAUAAGAUCUCAGCACCAUUUGAAUCAUUGACAUUAGUGAUUGAAAAUCCAAAUGAAGCUAACUUGGUAGUGAAUUUGGCUAAAAUGCCAACAAAUAUUAUUGAACCUAUGCAACAGAUUGAACAAGUAGUAUUGGUAGAAUGUUUAGAACCAUUUAAAGAGUUACCGGUUUUAAGAAUAUCAUAUUUAGCUGGUUCAUUACAGAGUUUCACAAUCGGAUUACCAAUUUAUCUGACUAAAUUCAUGGAACCAAUUCAGUUGAAUUCACAAGCGUUUUUUGAAAGAUGGAAAUUAAUUGGAGGAGCACCAAGAGAAGCACAAGAGAUUUUUAAAAUUAAAUUAGAUCCUCACAAUCAACAGAAGAUUUUAGAUACUAGUAAGAUUAGAAAGAUAUUGGUUGGGUUUAAAAUGAAUCUUAUGGAAGCUGUCGAUUCAAAUCCGAUCAAUGUCGUUGGGGCUGGGGUUUUAACUAUGGCUAAGGCUGGGAAAGUGGGUUGUUUGUUUAGGCUAGAGCCUAAUGAAGAAGCUAAGCUCGCACGUAUCACUGUACGGACAACUAAUGAUUUAGUUUCACCUGAGAUUCUCAAACUUUUGACUCGUCCAUUAAGACUUUAA